AUGAAUAAAGUGCAUAAUGAUAACCCGCUGCCGAGCAUAGAGUACAUAGGAAUCACAAAAGAGGACCUAGAUUUAUUGUGCAAGAGCUAUAUUUACGAAAACACAACAAAAAAAUAUAAAGAAGACUGGUUUACCUAUUUGGUGGACAGCAUUUUGGAAAAAACAACUUUUAAGUUUGAUGAUCUGACAGGCUAUUCUGUCCUGACCGAGCAGGCUCUGAGAAACAUUCUGUGGCGCUACAUCAUAGAGAUAGACGAUGAGCUUCUAAAUAAAACGAUGUUCGAGCUUUUUUCUGUGGAAAGCAGCAAGGACCCGGCAUACAACGGGAUUGUAGAGACUAUACACAUGAAGCUGGAGGGUAUAUACAAAAUUCUGCUCACAAACUGCGACACGUGGCUUAAUGACAUUGUGGGCAGCUGCGGCAUGGACUUCGAGAAGUAUUUGGCCCUGGAGUCUGAGUACAGAGUAAUUCUGGCAAUGCAGUCUGACAAAAGCAGACAUCUCGCGUGGCAGAGGCUCAACUCCUUUUUGUUCAACUAUCCGCAGGACCACAUUACUUUUGAAAAGCAGCUUAAGCUGGUUACAUUGGAAGACCUCUACACAAACAAGUAUAACGGAGAGCGGUUCAUAGACAUAGGGCUGAGGCUGAUUAUAGAGCACCCAGUGGGCCUACGCAGUCUUAUACAGAGGAUCAAUGGUGACAUUUCAAUAUUUAGCAUGCUGAGCGCUGAGGACGCGACCCUUGUGAAUAUUCUGAUGGGCAUGCACCACAACUGGAAGAGCAUAGAAUACAUAGAAGCAAACUUUAACAGCUCGUUCAACAUAGAGAACUUCAACAUUCUGUUUCCCUUGUCGGGCUCUCACAGCUGGCCCUCAGUCAACGGUUUCUUUGAGCUCUUUGACGUCGUUAUCGAGAAAAAGUCUUUUCUUUGCUUUGUGGACCCCGAAAAGAUCGUCAGCUUUCUGCUGAACUUUAGAAACUUUACCACUCCAAAUAUAUACCAUACGCUAAAAACACGGCUGUGCUCUUUUCUUCUCAAAAUAGACAAGCUGUACAAGUGCAAAAACUCGAUUCCUGCCAAAUCCACGCUCGAGCAGCUGGAAAAUAAAGAAAUAAUUUUUGCAGGGAAGAAGAUCGUAGUAAACCCCUCCAUAGGCCUUCUGCAGAGAAUAAUGCACAUUGUGCGCCUGAUCAAGUACAAGUUUUUCAUACCGCUUAAAAAGUGGACGUCUGGCAAGGUGCAGGCUAUAGUUGAGCUGGUAAAUAGCAUCAUUGUCUUUGUGACGUUUAUGAUGUUUAUGUCCAGAAUGAAAGAGUCGGCUGCUGGCCUGUAUGAAAAACUGCAUUCAAGCUUUUUGCACGGGUACAACUACGUGGUGGGGAUUAAGAAUGUGGCUACAGGGUGCGUCCGGUCGCUCGUCUACAACAAGUCACUCCAGGGCUACUUCAACGUCAUCCAGACAAAAUACGAUGACUUUACAGAGAUAGUAAGAGGAGCCCUUGUGUAG